GCCACACGCCGUCGGGAAAUGAAGAAGAAGAAGAAUAUUUCAAACAAAUGUUACCUUCUACUCUGUCGUUUUCUCAGUACAAACAUUAAAGGAGCGCAAAGUUUGUCCUGAUACUCAUGAAAUUUCUCAGUGAUGAAAGGAAGUGUGAAACGAAAGGUACUGACAUCUGGAAGGGUGCCAGGUGGAGGAACCAAGGUACAACAGGCCAGGAAACGACCCACCUUUCCAGGACGAAAGGAACCGGCAUUCUCGUUGUAUUCCACAGACCCUCAGGACCAGGUGGCCAGUCUUCACUCAGGGCUGGAUCGUUGCGCUGUUUUACUCUCUGGGAUGCUGCGGGUGGACAAGCCAGAACUCGUGACACACACUCCCAAAGCAGUGACUGGUGGCACAGGCAAAUCUAAACCAUCCACUGGACCGGGGAAAAAGACCAGCAAAAAAUUCCCUCCAAUGACAGAAAAGAGUUCUAAACAGGUCCCAAGAGCAAAAUGUCCUCCAGUUUCACUGUCAGGAGUGAAGGAAGGGCAUGCACUCCGACAGUCUCACUUGCUUCCAUCACUGAGGUUGUCUCAACCACUUCACGGGUCUGCCCAGUCUCAGCCCUUGACCUCUGUCCUUCUCUCUGUGACUCAGUCUGAAUCAGCGCUCCAUUCUGCCCACUCAUCAAGUCAACAGACUCUAGGUCAGACCAACGGCCAAUUGAUUGGCCGUUACCAGGAAGCCUCCUUCAAUGGUGAAGAUAUUGAUUCUGUGCCUGUGAAAGACACAGACGUCCAAAGUGAUACAUGCUUGAGCAUGCGUGCCUACGACGAAAAGGUUUACCCUGGUCAGUUGUCUGAACCCCAUCAUGACACACUCAGUGGGGAGGACAUAAGUGCAGGCAAACUAAGGACUGUUCAGUAUCUUCUGGGAGAGCUCAAGACUUUGAUAGCAGGAAAAGGCAGUAUUGCAGAGCGGUUGCUCAGUCAUCUGGAAAUCACAGUGUCGUCACCGCAGAUGAACUCCAGUGGUUUUGACCCUGAAAAAUCAGCAGACCUGCAGGCCCUCCACAUCCAGAACGCUCAGCUUCACAGACGAGUGGCGUUUCUGAACAAACAGUUAAAGGACAAAGAGCAACAACAUAAUACUGAAACCCUGUGUACCUCAGAAGUACUUAAUUUACCAGAGGAUCUUGCUGAUGCUCAAUCCCGCCUGCAAGAGAUUCAAGUCAUCCUUGCAGAUGUGCGGAAAUCUCUUCUGGACACGAAGAAACAGCUGCGAGACAGUGAGGCGCGGAAUGCAGUCAUGAAAUCGGAUUUAGAUACUCUGAGAACCAAAUUUGUCCAAAGUGAGCAGGCAAAAAGUGAAAUGGCCUCACUUGCUCAGCAAAGAUUGGAAAAGAUAAAAAAUCUCGAGAGCAUUAUUAAGAGUGGCGAGGUAUCAGAGUGUGACACAGUUGUUGACCUUGCUACAUCUGACCCAGCACUCAAGGAGCAAUAUGAUGACCACAGCAGGGCCAAUGAGCGCAUCAGUAAAUACCUGAUGACUCUGGAGCAGCCGGAGGCCUCGCACAUUGGUGGUAAUGUACACAUGGCUGCGGAAAGGGAAGAAAACACACCAGAGGAGGCAAAAAUGAGCUCAACCCUGCUGCGAAAACAACCAUCUCAUCCAAACCUUGAUCUUAACUGGACACACACUGACGGUUUUGAAGGACUACGUUUAUCAGAGCAGCCGAUGGUAAAAGAGGGCCAGCGACUGUUUGACUUAUUCCUCUCUGAGGGAAAGCUGGAUACUAUGUCAACUGACUGCAGUAUGAGGUCCGUAUCGAGCUUUGACACCAGAGAUGAAGCGGCAUUCCGAGAUGGAUUGGCAGCCUUAGAUGCCAGCAUCGCCAGUCUGCAGAAAACCAUCAAACAGGAUUUAGGAAGAUGAUUCCACUUGUCAUGAUUGACUCGCCUGGCUUAAAGUGUGGGUUCAAUUCCCACUCCGUUACCGCAUGAAUGUGAGUGUACAGUAAAUGGUUCCCUUUAUGUGCUCUGUGAUUGACUGGCAACCAGUCCAUGGUUCAGCUCCUGGUGACCGCGAACAGGAUAUGUGGUAUAGAAAAUGGAUUGUUGCUUUUUUUUUUAAAAAAAUCCUUUGAAAUAUGACACAUUUGAUUAUUAAAACUUAUUUUAACUAUG